AUGCUUUGCCAGCCAAAGAGAUUCAAGGAAAAGAGAAAGCAGGAAAUUGCUUCCGAUUACACUGUGAAGGUGAACGAUGAUGAAUCUAUUCUUCAACAACUUUAUUAUCGAGAGGAAGACACAACUGUAUUUGAAAAUCAUAGCUGUUCGGACCAAUGUUUGACCGUACCUAAAGACUACCAACACUACACCAUUUCAACCUUGAAUCGGGUUGUGCCUGAAGGAAGUAAUUUGAAUCAAUAUUUGGAAGAUGAAACAGCGAGAACAGAAGGCAUGUUGAUACCUGUUGCAAAAGCCAAGAGAGUUGAACCUGCACAUGCUCUGGCUCGACGAAGAAAGCAAAGAAAUAAAUGA